AGGUAAAUUUGGGUUCCAUUUCCUUUCUUCUUGAUCUUUAUGAGGAUGGAGUUUGCAGUCGCAACUUGGAAUUGAGCUGAGAACCCGUAAUACCCACUCGAUUUAGACAAGUGAAACCCAAAUGGUCUUGAGCUGGUGAAGCAAGAAAUGGAUUUCUUCUGAGGUUUCUCUCUGCAAUUUCAAGAUUUGCAUUUCGGGUUAAGUUUCCCUUGCAGUCAAUUUCAGACCCUGUUUCUAAUUUCAAUAAAUUUGAGCUGUUAAUGAUUGCCUAGGCUAAAAUGGGUUCGAUUUCCAUUUGAUCUUGUUGGUUUUUAACUAAGGUAAUGGUACUGUUUUGAUAGUUGAAAUGGGUUCGGUUUCCAUUUGAUCUUGAUGGUAAUUUUAACAAAGGUUAUAAUGGGAUCGAUGGCAAAGGCUGAAGGAAUAAACCAAGAUAGGAUCACACAAUUACCAGAUGACAUUGUUUCCCACAUAUUCUCCUUCCUUCCUACAGUAGAUGCUGUCAGGAACACCCUUUUGUCGAAAAAAUUUAACCAAGUGUGGACGAAGCUUAAAACUCUAGACUUCGACAGUGAAAGGGAAUUUCGGAAGUGUAGAGGUGGAAAUGCUUUUCUAACGUUUGUAUCUCGUGUGCUCUACUUUCGUGAUGGAUCAGAGAUACGUACAUUCCGUCUAAAACUGUCUCGUAAACGUUAUUUACCAUGUGUUGGGGAUUGGAUUUGCGCUGCUGUUAAGCGUAAAGUAGUUGAGCUUGAUCUCGAUCUAAACUUUGAUGUAUGGACUGAUUUCGAGUUGCCUCCGUGCAUUUUUUGGUGCAAAACGCUAGAGGUUUUGAAACUGAAUCUGUCGCCUUGGGAGGUCACCGGUGAUAUUCCUACAUCAGGCUGUUUCCCAAUUCUCAAGUUCCUCCAUGUUACAGUGUUUAAUCCUUCCAUCCGGGAAAUGGAGAAGCUUUUGUCUCACUUCCCUGUACUUGAAGAGUUGACUAUAGAUGGAACUGGUGAAGAUCUUGAUGACUUUGGUACUUGCAGUUUCCAGGUCUCUGCACCGAAACUGAAGAUGUUGAGAAUAAGUUUGGAAUCCCUAUCUGAGCCUGUCGAUAUUCAUGUAAAUGCCCCACAGCUUGAAACCCUUGAUCUCCAGCGGCUUGGUUUAACUAAUUGUUUUCUUGAUGGGAGUGCAAACUCCCUAGUCAAUGCCAGUAUUGCUUUCAGAGAAAAAUUUGAAAUAAAAGGACCGUUUGAUCUUUCCAACUCUACAAUGGAGCUUCUGAAUCAAGUCUCUGAUGUCAAAUCUCUAUCUGUUUCGGCUCAUUGCUUGGAGGAUUUGCAUCUCCCUGAGAAUUACUAUCUCCCUUCUUUUGGUAAUGUGAACCAAUUGAGGCUGGCUUUUGGGAAUCACAGUUGCUGGGAAUUGCUAGCUCGGUUUCUCAACAGUGCACCUAAUCUUGAAAUUCUUGUCUUAGACGAUAGAACUGAAGGUCACAAAGAACUGUCAGAGAUUCACUGGAAUCCACCAGAGCAAGUGCCUAGUAGUUUAUUAUCAAACCUGAAGACUAUCUGCUUUAAGGGGUUCAAGGGAAGGCUGUUUGAGAUGGAAAUGAUAAAGUAUCUGUUGAAGAAUGGUCAACUGUUGAAUAAGAUGACGAUUUCUACAGGCCUGCAUCUUUCAUAUGAUAGACAGAACGAGUUAUACACAGAGUUUAUGAUGUUCCAUAGGACAGCAACUUGUCAUGUUGAGUUCAUGCACAUGGAAGUUUAGGUUUGUCAAAGGUUUGAGUUCACUUUGUGUGUGCAGAAGCAUCCGUCAUCAAAUCUGUAGGAUUUUAAAUAUGUUGCAGGAUGUUAGUGAUGUUACUGGCACACUUGCAAGGGAUAUGUGAACAAUGCAGAAAAGCAGUCAGCUUGAAACUAGUUAUGGUUUGUCUUAAUAAAUACUCCAGAAUUGUAUCACCUAUCAACCUUCUCCCCUACCUUUCUCUUUUGAUUUCUUCACGUUUCUCUUCAGUACCCUUAUGUAAUAUUUCUUUUUUAAUUUUAUGAGGUGGAUGUGUGUGUGUGUGUGUUUUUUUUUUUUUUGU